AUGAGUGGGAGAAUUUUUCUAGUGAUUUUCUUCUUCUGGGCUCUCCUCGCAAUUGUCACCCCUACACUUGUUCUCUUGUCGGAAUCUUCAAAACCUGACUUGGAUUCACAUGGUAAGGAGUGUUUUGACAUGUAUAUGUUAGUUGAGAAAAUUGAAGGACUACUGAAGCCUAGGAGAAUGAUGGGGUACUUUGAGAAACAACAAAGAAUAGAAGAAGAAAUAGCUCUGGCAUUGCAGACACCGACACCAGCUCCAGUACCGGAACCAGACCCAGAACCAGUUUCUGGAAUUAGAGAGGCUAUUUUGACGAGGUUCUUUAAGAAGAGAUGA